UAAACCCCUUUUAUAUAAAUAAACCACAUUUCUUACAUUACUUUAGCAAAUCCUUCUUUUUCCUCCCUAAUUAAAAACCCAACAAAAAAUAUUUUGAUCCCAAAUCAUAAAAUUACAUAAAUUAUGGGAAAUUGUAUGGAAACUUGCAAGGAAGAAAAUAAAGAGAUUGAAAUGAGUGGAAAAGAAGGAGAAUUUGUGAAAGAUGUUGUGAGUAAUAAAAAUGGGUUAAGAGUAAAGAUGGUGUUGACUAAAGAAGAGUUACAAUGGUUAAUGAUGCAGCUGAGUAACAGAGAAAUUGGAGUUAAAAGGAUUGAAGAUGUGUUUGGUGAGAUUGAGAAGGGUAGAAAGAAAGGUGUUUCAUCUGCUCAUUCUUGGAAACCUUCUCUUGAUAGUAUUACUGAAAUCCCUGAAGUUCUUGAGAUGAGUAGAUGAUACUUUGUAGUUUUGUUUUUCCGGGUAGGGAGCUUUUAAGGAUUGACGGGAUUUGAUCUCAAGUGUUAAGGGCACGGUCUCUCACCGAUUAAAUUAGUUGGCUCCAUGUAAUUGUGGACUUAUCGUCCAUGUAGAUGAUAGACUUGCUUGUCAUUUGAGGUUUGCUCUUCUUUUUUUUCUUGGGUAGAUUUGAGGUAAUAGGAUUAUUUUUGGUCCUUUGCCUUAAUUGUGUAGUUAUGGUGUGGAUCACUUAGAUGUAUAUAUUUUUUGAGAUAGAUUGAAGUGUUUCUUUACAUUAAAAGUACCAAUCUUCCAUGUAUUCCCUUCUCUUUUUUUUUUUCUUCAAUUUAAAUCUGUUGUUUACAGUAUCAAAUAUACUACCUUCGUUACAGGUUAUGUGCAACGAUUAAAUUUUUUUUUUCUCUAAUUUAUGUCAAUUUGUUGUACAUAGCCUGUAACGGAGGUAUUAAGAUAAUUUAGCUUAGGGGUAUCUUAACAUCAUGCAUAAUUCUUAAUUAUUUUCUGUGGACUA